CCGCGCAGAGCUCUCCCUCCAGUCCGGGACAGAGCGUCGCUGUCGGUGGCCAGCAGCUGACCGCGGCGGGUCCUACCCGUUCCCGCGACCAAGGGCGGGCCGCGCUGAGCUCUGCCAGCGACGCUGGGUUAGGGCGGGCCACGUCGGGUUCCGCCAGUGUCCGCGACACAGAGCCACCGGUCUCGGCGAGUGCUCGGACCACGUCGGGUUCUGCCAGUGUCAGCGAGACUAAGCCGCUAGCCUCGGUGAGUGUCGCGUCACCGGCUCUUACAUCAUCCAGGAGUACUAAUACGGCGCAACGCCGUCCUAUAAUUGAGGGGGAUACAUUUCCACCGUGCCGCUGCGUGCCGACAGAAAUCUGUCCGCCGGCCGGACGCGUCAUGAGAUGUGUGCUGCCGGGACGCCGCCGCGAUGUAGAAGCCAGCAAGCUCGGCUACUGCUGUCGCGGAUCGCUAGUGUCCCCUGCAACAGUAGGCGCUGGUAUACAGAUCCAAGCCUCCGAGUCACCGCCGACGGCGGGUACCUCCACGGCGGGUACCUCUACGGCGGGUACCUCCACGGCGGGUACCGUCGCGGAGGGUACCGUCACGGUGGGGAAGUCGACGCCGAAAAACACCGCUGCCAGUGGCUCCAAUUUGCCUAUUACAUCAUCUACGAGUGCUAAUACGGCGCAACGCCGUCCUAUAAUUGAGGGGGACACCUUUCCGCGGUGCCGCUGCGUGCCGGCAGAAAUCUGCCCGCCAGCCCUACGCGUCAGGAGAUGUGUGCUGCCGGGACGCCGCCGCGAUGGCCUGAUCUUCAGUAGCGCAGAUAUACGCAACAGAGAAGCCAGCAAGCUCGGCUACUGCUGUCUCGGAUCGCUAGUGUCCCCUGCAGAAGCGGGCACUGGUAUACCGAUCGAAGCCUCCGAGGCACCGCCGACGGUGGCUACCGGCACGGCGGUUACCGUCACAGGGGGUGAGUCGACGUCGAAAGACACGGCUGUCAGUGACUCCAAUUUCGACCUGGUCGUGGCGGACGGCGCGAAGCGUCCCGUGUUCUCCGAGACGGUAGUGUCGGGCGGCCGGAGCGGCGAGCGCCAGCUGCUCGAGCGCUCGCCGCUGCCGGCUGGCGCCAAGGUGUUUCUGCGCCGCAUGGCUCUCGACUCCGGAGACAACGUGGCCCGGCGCGCCGUAGUGGCACCGCGCCGGCGCAGCCGCCUCUUCGCCACGGUGGCUCCCAGCGGUGGCCAGGCAACACCGGCGGCCCAGAGCGCCCGCUCCGCCGCCUCCUCGGCGACCGUGUCCAAGUCGAUGCAGUUCCUGCGGAGUGUAGGUGUGGUGGUGAGCGCGCCGUCGCGAGUGCCGCCGCCGUCGGUCACCAGCCGGCAGCAGUCCAGGAACCUGCGUCCGUCGGCGGAGGCGCAGCAGCAGGCGCUGGGGGCGCUGCAGCUGCUCCAGCAGACCCGAGUGAGGCCGCGCCGGACGGCUGGCACAGCCGCCGGACGGUCACCACGUCCCGGCGCACGCAGGCGCGUCAAAAGGUCGGCCAUGCCUCCGCCACCGUCGCCACCGCCGGUCGAUGACUGCAGCAAGCGCCUUCCAGGGAGGUGUAUUGAAAGGGAGAAGGUCACCCGCUGUCUUCGUCGAAGAUACGGCGUAUGCAUUCGCCGCGGAAGUGCUCAAGGCAAAUGCAUCAAGCGCCUCCCCGGGAAAUGCAUAGAACUUGAAGUGCAGAACUGCCAGAAUGAGCCGGAUAUCAAAUGCAAGGAUAGACCUCUCAGGUACCGCUUCAUCAAUGGCCAGUGCAACAACAUGAAUCAGCCUCGCUGGGGACGCCAGAUGACGGGCUUGCGCCGUCUGAUGGACAACACAUUCGAAGACGGCGUGUUCGCGCCGCGCAGCCUGUCGGCGGCCGGCGGCCUGUUGCCCGACCCGCGGGCCGUCAGUCUGGGCGUGUUCCACUCCGACGGCGAAGUCGACCAGCAGCGCACCGUGUCGGUGGUGACCUUUGGCCAGUUCGUCGACCACGACCUCUCGCUCUCGCCUACUUUCGGCAGGGACGCCAUCGAAUGCUGCAGAGAGGACCUGAACGGCUCGCUGCCGCUCCGUCAGCAGCACCCGCAGUGUUUGCCGCUCAAGGUGGCCGCCGACGACCCGCUCUACAAAGGCAAAAAGGCGCGACGCUGCAUCAGCUUCACGCGCACCAUGCCGGCGCUCGACCCGCAGUGCAUGGCCAAGCCGGCCACCCAGGUGAACGAGCUGACCAGCUGGGCGGACCUGUCGCAGGUGUACGGCAGCACUGACGAUCUCAGCGCUAACCACCUGCGCUCGUCCAUCGGCGGAGCACUGCGCACCAGCAAACGCGGCAACUUCCUCCCCAGACGGGGAGACCCGGACGACGAGACGCUGGAGUUCCUGGCGGGCGACGGACGGGUCAGCGAGAACCUGCUGCUCUCCCUGUUCCACACGGUGUUCUUGCGCGAACACAACCGGGUGGCCGCUUCGCUGGCGGCGCGCCACAGCUGGCACGACGAACGUCUAUUUGAGGAGGCCCGCCGGCUGGUGAUUGCAGAGUACCAGCACGUCCUCUUCAACGAGUGGCUGCCGGCACUGCUCGGCGAAAAGUUCACCAAAGAUGUCGGCCUGAGUGGCGACUUCGGUAGAAAGACGUACUCCGAUAUCAUAAACCCCAGCGUCAGCACCGAGUUCUCGACAGCCGGGUUUCGGCUGCACUCGAUGGUGCAGGGCGUCGUGGAACUGGCCACCAGAGUCGGUCGAAUUCGGCGACGCAUCCCGCUGAUGGGCAACUUUUUCCGCUCCAACGAGCUGGUGGUGGCUGCGCAGCUGGUCGAAAUGGCACGAGGCAUCACCCGAACACCCGCCAUGCGCUUCGACGGCAGCUUCUCGGAUGAACUGCGCGGAGGGCUGUUCCAGUUCAAUCCCGACCAGAAGGGCGGAGGAGUCGAUCUGACCGCUCUCAACAUCCAGCGCGGCAGGGACCACGGCAUCCCCACAUACUCGACUGUGGCAUCGCGCUGCAACAACAUCCCGAUCCGCAGCUGGAGUGACCUGCACCAGACCAUCCCGGAGGCAGACGUGCGCCGUCUGCGCUCCAUCUACCGGGACUGGCGCGACAUCGACCUGUACGCCGGCCUGAACCUGGAGCGGCGCGCUGCCGGCGCCCUGGUCGGACCCUCCACGCGCUGCCUCAUCACCGACCAGUUCCUCCGCACUCGCUACGGCGAUCGGUUCUUCUUCGAUCACGACGGCCACCCAAACAGCUUCAACGAAGAUCAGCGGAAGGAAAUCCGGCGCACGUCGUGGGCGCGCCUGCUUUGCGACAAUGUGGGCAGCGGGUUCGACUCUGUGCAGCCGCGCGCCUUCCUGGCCGCUACCGGAGACAACAAGGUCGUCUCCUGUCAGUCUCGCAGCAUCGACCGGGUCGACCUGACCAAAUUCUGAGCCGGUCACAGCCCGCGCGCCCGCCGGUCCGUCCCGACUGAGUCGGCAGAAAGGAUGGCACGGCCGACGGUGAACUGUUAGGCAGGGAGAAUUGU